AUGUAUCUAAGGUAUAUAUCAACAGUUGUUCUUCCCCUGAGUCCAUUGGGGCUGCUGGGGUCAUAUCUAUCUCUCAUGAUUGCUACCAGGGGAGAAAACCACAGUACGCGGCAUGCGACAAAGGAAGCCAAUGAAUUGAAAAACAGUUACAAGAAAAUGAUUCCUUAUGAUUACAACCGCGUAGUUAUGGAAGCCUUACCCGGAGUUCCCGAUUCCGAUUACAUCAAUGCAUCAUUCAUCGACGGAAUUCUAAAACCCAAUGCAUACAUCGCUACCCAAGGUCCAAAUGAACACACCAUACCCGACUUUUGGCGAGCUGUUUGGGAACAAAAGUCACACGUUAUCGUCAUGCUCACAAAAGUGUUCGAUUUUAUUAGGGUGAUGUGCGAUCGAUAUUGGCCAAUAGAACUCGAUCAUCCUGAGAAGUAUGGUGAUAUCGAAGUGACGCUUUUGUCCGAGACAGAUCUCGCUAACUACAACAUUAGAACCAUGCAAGUCCGAAAGGGUGAAGAGGUACGUCAGUUGCAUCACCUUCAUUACAUCUCGUGGCCUACACAUACGAACCCCUUUCCCUGCGCCCUCCUUGAUUUCAGGCGGAGGGUUAAGAUGUAUCUUACCCUCUAUCCAGAGAACGGUCCCCUCAUUGUACAUUGCAGCGAUGGUUGCGGUCGAACAGGAGCAUACAUCUGCAUCGACUCGAAUCUUGACUUGGCGGAAGAGGAUCAAGUUUACGAUGUCUACGGAUAUGUUAAGAGCCUUAGAAAUGCCCGAAGAGGAAUGAUUGAGGAUGUGAAUCAGUACAGGUUUAUUUAUGAGGCUUUGGAAGAGGCCUUGAUCAGUGGUCAGACCUGGUUUCCCGUCUCCGAGAUAUCGCAACGUAUGAAACAGAAAUCCGUCAAGAAUCCGAUCACUAGGCAGAACGAAUACCAGAGAGAAUACCAAAAAAUUUGCAAAACAUCUGCCAAAUUUACCAUAGGAGACAGAGCUGGAGGCCACAGGUUGGAAAACAGAGACAAGAAUCGAACGAUUUCUACAGUUCCUCCUGAUAACUUCAGGCCAUAUCUGUCUUCAUUUCAAAGCAACGACAGCACAGAUUACAUCAACGCGGUAUUCGUAGACGGUUACCUCCGUUCCAAAGAAUUCAUCGUAACUGAAUGGCCGAUGCAGCAUACGGUUCCGGAUUUUUGGUCCCUAGUGUAUGAUCAUGACUGUAACUCCAUCGUUGUACUCAGUGAACACCCACCGUCUAAUAGUUAUCCCCAAUUUUUCCCUUCCGAGAAAGAAAAAGUGAAGAAAUUUGGUCCAGUGUUCACGAUUGAGACUAUUUCCUACAGUGCCCUUCCCAACAUCAAAUCCUGGAUAUUCAGGAUACUCAAAAAGGUCGUCUCACUAACCGAGCUGAUGUCAGGCGUGAAAGCUGAGCCAAAGACGACGCAGCUGUUCCUCAUAACGUGUUGGCCUCUCGGACACAAGGUCCCAACUUCCACCAAUUCCCUCGUUGAGCUCAUGAACAUGGUGGAAAGGUGGAGGCAGAGGACCACAUAUGGACCUAUACUCCUGGUCUCCAGCAAUGGCUACGGUCGUCUGGGUGUGUAUUGUGCGGCUAGCAUCGCCAUCGAACAAGCGAUCGAACAUGAAGAGGUAGAUGUCUUCACGGCAGUGAAAGUAGUCAGGAGGCAUCGACCACAGCUAGUGGAGAACAUUACGGAGUACAAGUACUGCUAUGAUUUACUUCUGAACUACAUCAUGAACUUUCACAAUAAGGAUUGAACCAAGUCACGACUCCCUCCAACACGGGCCAACGACUGAAUGAAAAGAACUUUUCUUGCAGAAAUUUACCCGGUGCCUACACUUGAGAGUAAAUAACUCUUCCCUCGAGGUUCUGAAGACAGAGCCUCGAUCCCCAAUUAAUUCCAAGGGUCCAUCUUCUAUACUGAUAUAUAUACUCGUAUAUAUAAAUAUAUACAUAUUUAUUUAUUUAUUUAUUAUUCCUUUAUCUUCUUUCUUUCUUUUAUUUUCUAAAACACUGAUGCG